UCACGUCGGACACUUCAGUCACGGACCAGUCCAAGGCCAACUAGUUAAAUUCAUCGCAGAAAAACAACAACAACAAGAAUACUCUCUAUUUCGAAGAUGUAUGCGUGCUUUCUGCAUAGAAGACAUGCUCUCAAGUGCGUGUCUUGGUCACGUUGGAGGUCGAGCUUGUCCGCAAACACCAAGCGUGUCACGGACGACUGUGGCGGGAUAAAGUCGGUCCGGAUCGGCUGCGCCUCCGGGUUCUGGGGAGACACGACCACUUCAGUGCCUCAGCUGAUCCACGGCGGGAGACUGGACUUCUUGGUGUUUGACUACCUGAGUGAGAUCACAAUGUCUCUGCUCACAGCUGCCAAGGCCAAGAUGCCUAAUCUGGGUUACGCUCCAGACUUCGUCCAGGCAGCUAUGGCCCCAUUUAUCCACGACAUCCACAGGAAAGGUGUCCGCGUGGUCAGCAACGCAGGCGGCGUCAACCCGCUCGCUUGCGCCGCAGCCAUACAGGAAGUCAUCAAGAAGGCUGGCCUGGACCUCAAGGUCGCCGUGGUGACCGGUGACGACCUCAUGCCCCAUAGAAGCAGUUUCGGUGAAGUCAAAUUGGUGGCCGACAGCAGCAAAAAUGUGUUACCCCAAACGCUGCACAGUAUGAACGCCUACCUCGGGGCACUGCCUAUUCGCCGCUGUCUGGAUCUGGGUGCAGAUGUGGUGGUGACGGGACGCUGCGUGGACAGCGCCCUUGCUCUUGGCCCGCUUAUGCAUUCUUUUGGAUGGGGUAGGUGUGACUUGGACCUUCUGGCAGCUGGCAGUCUGGCAGGUCACCUGAUUGAGUGCGGCGCUCAGAGCACCGGAGGUAUCUUCACAGACUGGCACCACGUCCCCGACUGGGACAACAUUGGCUUCCCGGUGGUGGAGUGUUCCGCUGAUGGCUCCUUCAUUCUCUCCAAAUCGCCCAAAACGGGCGGCUUGGUCUCUUUCGGCACGGCGGCCGAGCAGCUGGUUUAUGAACUUGGCGAUCCGCAGCGUUACAUGCUGCCUGACGUCGUCUGCGACUUCAGCCAUGUGCGCAUCCAAGAAGUUUCUGGUGUCGAGGGCGGCGCCGUCAGAGUCAGCGGCGCCAAAGGCUUGGCUCCAUCAGGUGAUUACAAGGUGUGCGCCACCUACAUGGAUGGCUUCCGUGCCACUGCUGUGUGCCCGCUCGCUGGUCCGAGAGCAUCAGAAAAAGCCCGCAGGACCGGCGACAGCAUUAUCAAAAGGACACGGCGCAUGUUUAAGCAUUUGGGUAUGGACGACUUCACAUCCAUCAACAUCCAAGUCCUGGGAGCGGAGGACACGUACGGCGCCAAUGCUUGCAACAAAGACGCCAGGGAGGCGGUCUUGUGGAUGGCGGUCCACCACAAAAACAAGAAGGCGCUGGAAGUAUUCUCGAGAGAGGUCGCUCCCGCUGGGACCGGCAUGGCUCCUGGACUGUGCGGCAUCGUAGGCGGGCGUCCCCGAGUGUCACCUGUGCUGAAGCCGCUCUUCUUCUUCCACCCUAAAUGUCAAGUCAAGGUGGACAUUCACAUGGAUGGACAACUGAUGGAGUCCCUCUUGGAGACGGGGCCCGAGGCCGGCGAGCUUGAAGCCCCUCCCACCUGGACGGAGGACACACCUGAUACAGAGCUGCCUGCUGGCUCUCACUGCUACAGACUAGAAGAACUGGCCUACGCCAGAAGCGGAGACAAAGGAGACUCCGCCAACAUCGGAGUCAUCGCUCGCCACGGCCUCAUCUUCCCCUACCUGAAGAAACACCUGACGUCUUCUGUGGUGGAGGAGUACCUGGCCCAUGUCUUCCCGCCGGGCCUCAGCGGCGCCGUCACACGAUACACUCUGCCAGGCAUCAACGCUCUCAACUUUGUCCUCAAGAAUUCUCUUGGUGGGGGAGGAGUGGCAUCCCUGCGCAGUGAUCCCCAGGGAAAAGCCUUUGCUCAGAUGUUGCUGGACUUAAAACUAAGUGGACUUCCUGACUUCAAGUCCCUGCUCUGCUGACAACACACACGGCUCUAAUUGACUAGUUUUUUUUAAAAAUAAGGUGAAAAGCUUACAAGGAAGACCCACAACCCCCAUAAUGUGACUUAAUUGAAAGAAGGGUAUCACCAUGGCAAACACCACUAUGUUGGUCUGCAGUGUGUGAGAAGGCAGAAAGUUAUCAAACGUGUCCUGAUUUAUUGGGAGGAAGUAGAUGUCAUUUUAUGAGCGUUUUACAUCUCUGAUGAUGGUGUAUCAACUUGAUAUGAAGUCACUUUAUUGUGAAAGGGCAAGGCUGCUAGCAUAGCAUGUUUGCAUCCACACACCUGGCCAGCAUUAGUGCCUUAGUGUACUACUUAUGUGUUCAAAUGUUGUUGAAAUUUUACAGAAAUAAACAAAGUGCUCUUUA